CCAACACGAGAACGUGAAUCAACUUGCCCAAUAUUGCCUUGCCAGAUGGACUCCUACAAUGUCAAAAACAAACGUCAUUUCAUCGAACUUGAUAAAAUUUUCUUUGAUCGCCUAUAAUCUUGGAACGUUAUCUUCUCGCUGAUUUGGCUGUGAAGCAUUCCAUCGUUUGAAAAUGUAUCGAGACAUUGAACAGUUAGUGAUACACUGACCGCGAAGCGUAGAAGUCGAAGCCCUAUGAAGAACGCCAAACUCACGUGGGCUGUUGCAGCCUUAUUACUCCAGGCGGUAUCAGCCACUGGACUUAAUCCAUUUAUUGUUGGAGGUACCCCAGCGGUCAUUGGACAGUUCCCAGCGCACGUUGGGAUCAAUGUCUCCCCGACUGUAUUCUGCGGUGGAACCAUCCUCAACAGUAACCAUAUCCUAACGUCCGGAAGUUGCGUUCUAGAUGGCCAGAACAAUCUGAUCGCCGCCAAUCAGAUGCACGUUCGAGCCGGAGUAAUCACAAUUGACGCUACCACACCGGCCACACAGGUCGAUCGAAUCUUCGUCCACCCGCACUACAAUCCGUUUACGUUCGAAAACGACAUCGCCAUCCUACGGACCACGACUGCCUUCACGUUCCCGGAAACGGCACAGCCCCACAUAGCCCCCGCCGAACUAAACCACCGAAUUGUCCCAGAAAAUGACGAAUGCCACGUCGCCGGGUGGAACUGGCAGGCCGGGAUUGCCACGACGGGGCUCCAGAGCCUUCUGGUUUCUAUCUACCCGCGUGCUACGUGCAAUCAGGUAUUCAACGGAAUGAUUCAAAGCCCGAUGAUCUGCACCAGAACAUCCGCUCAGAAUCAAGCUCUGUGCGUGCCAAACCGUGGUGGUGGAUUGUACUGUGGUGGUAAACUGUCCGGUAUUGCCUCGUUUGGUUUUGGAUGCGGUGCGAACGAUACGGCUACCGUUUUUACCCAGAUUCGAUACUACGAACAGUGGAUCAACCAGCAGUUCGGACGAACGGAUAAUCCUCCUCCGGGUCCUACGCCGAUGCCGGGGAUUGGCGGGGCAACCUCUAUGUUCAACCUAUCGAUGGUGGCCAUCCUAUUUGCCACAAUUAUCAUUGCACUUGUUCGAUAGUAAUGAAGAUCAACAUCAUAAGAUCAUUAGAUAUCCCAUAUCUUCAAUGUAAUAUAAAUAAAAUUAAUAAUGUUUUAAGAAGUCAAUAAAUAAAGAUGUGAAACUGAA